GAGCUGACUAACACGUUCUCCGUGACGUUCUCUCUGCAGGACACGGAGAUCCUGAACACGGCCGUGUUGAACGGCAGGACGGUGGCCGUCCCGGUGAAGGUGGUGACGGUGGCGGUGGACGGAACCAUCGACGACGUCUCGGACGAGGUGCAGUGCAGAUCCACAGACGAGGACGUGAUCAAGGUGUCAGACCGGUGCGACUACGUCUACGUCAACGGUAAGGAGAUGAAGGGCCGAGUGCGGAUGCUGGUGAACUUCACCUACAGCUUCGCUACGGCCCAGCUGGAGAUGAACGUGUGGAUCCCUCGCCUGCCGCUGCACAUCGAGGUGUCGGACACGGAGCUGAGCCCCGUAAAGGGCUGGAGGAUCCCCACGACGGCCAACACGCCAAGGUCGGUGCGAGACAGUGAUGAUGAGGAUGAUGAGGAGCGGAGAGGAAGGACCUGCACCCUGCAGUAUCAGAGGGCUAUCAUACGCAUUCUUACUCACUUUGUCGCCGAAUCAGCCGAGGUCCGAAAUCAGCUGACCUACAUGCUCGGCUCUGAUUGGCAGAUGGACAUCACAGGGCUGGUGUGGGACUUCCUGAAAGUGGAGGAUCCUCGAAUCGCUCGUGUACAAGAUGGACGCCUGCUGGAGGGAGUGAGCACGGGAAUGACCAGCAUCCAGGUCCUCUCUCCUCUCUCGGACUCCAUCCUGGCGGAGAAAUCGGUGUCUGUUGUAGACGAGCGAGUCAGCAUCACUGAACUGGGCCUGCAGUUGGUGAGCGGCCUCGCGCUCCGCCUACAGCUCAGUGCAGGAAGUAACCAGGCUAUCAGUGCCACGGCAACCACACAGGAAGUACUCAACACACCCAAACAGGAGGCGCUGAUCAGCGCUUGGCUGCAGUUCAGCGACGGCUCCAUGGCCCCUCUGGACCUUUACGACCCGGAUCAUUUUGUGCUGACGGUGACCUCUCUGGACGAGGAGGUAGUGAGCGUGAAUCAGGACGCGACCGGGCGCUGGCCCGUCGUGUCGGCUCAGGCCGAGGGUCAGGGCCCGCUGCUGCGUGUGGAGAUGAACGUCCAUGAGUCGUGUCAGAAACUCAAACCUCGCCGCAGCGUGCUUGCUGCUGGAAACUGUCACGUCCGGGUGAAAUACGGCCACACGGAGAGCGUCUCGCAACCCGAAUACGGAGACGACACCGAGAACCACCGGCAGAACCUGAACUUACCCGACCGAACCGGGAUGGAAGGCCAUUACUUCUACAGCUCCAUUUCCAACAUGGACGAAGACGGAGCAAUGAGGAGAAUCACCACGACAACCAAAACAGAAAUCAUCCGAAGAACUAAGGGAGAAAAACUCUCCAACGACGGCAGCCAGAUAUCCAACCUUCCUAUCGAUUUCUCCGAUUUCCCGGCACAAGUGGACCUUCCUCGGGGACACAGCGUCUACGACGACGACUUGAUUCAGAACAACCGAGGACUCUCGGACCUGGAAAUAGGGAUGUACGCCUUGUUAGGGGUCUUCUGUCUGGCUAUCCUGGUCUUUCUUAUUAACUGCAUUUCCUACGCGCUGAAAUAUCGCCAUAAGGAGAUGAGCAUCGAAGGACAGGAGAGUCUGAACCAUGCGCAUGACUGGGUGUGGCUGGGAAACGAGGCAGAGCUUCUGGAGAGUCACGUGAGCCUGUCGCCUCAAACAGACGAGCAGAUCACGAUCAUGGACUCCAGCAUCGGCGGGCUGGAAGAAGGGAGCCUCCUGCUCAACGGCGGUUCCUUACAAAAGAACGGCCACGAGCGGCAGGAGCACCGCGGAGCCGAGAACAACGGCGGGAAAGACGGCAAAGGAGAUUCGCCCACCACCAAGAGGAAGAGAGUAAAAUUCACCACGUUCACCACUAUCCCGGCCAGCGAGACCGAUUCGGAGGAGCCGAUGGAGGAAAUAAAGUGGGUGUGUCAGGACGUGGACAUGGGAGAGUCCAAAGAGCUGCAGAACUACAUGGAGCGGCUAAACGACAGUGUUUUAAAAGACGUGGCGUAGUCGGCGACGUGUCGGCACCGCAGAACUCACCCUUAUGCCUUCAACAUAGAGUCAGGAGUCAGUCACGGAAACAUCACAAGCUCUCUGAGAUCCGGAACGAAACUAAAUCCGACAUCCCCGCGUUUGUCGGACUCUCAGAUCGACACGGCAGCUGCCGAAGGACUCGUUACCUGACGCCAUGGUACUCGCGGCAAAAGAGUUUUUAAAUCAACGUAAAAAACAAACAUCUGACUUUGACUUAUUGUUCAUUUACUGUUCAUUUAUUGCCCUUCACUUUGUUCCUUAAUCCUCUUCAUUUAUAAACAAAUUUAUUUUAUCAUUUUCUAGAUUAAAAAAAAAAAGAGAGAAAGCAUUGCCAAGCUUGCAGAUUCUCCACACACACACACACACACACACACACACACACACACACACACACACACACACACACACACACACCGAUGAGUGUAAUAUUAAAGCAUACUGUACCACUGUAAAUAAAGUGCACACAGAAUUGUUUUGACAGACCGGAUGUCCUCCCGCAUCUCCUUCUUUCAGCUCGUACGCGACCCGUCGGACCUCGUGUCGUUCUCAGCAAAGCACAAACGCCGAACUCCGGCAUCCGAGG